AUGCUUGUUCAAGAUUUGAAUCUAAUAAGAAAAUUAAAUGGGAAAUCCUUACAAGAUACUGAAUUGAAUGAUUUAUUAAUGGAAGAGAUAAGAAAAGAGAGCGAUGAAAAUGAUGCAAACCCAGAUGAUUUACCAGUUUGUGAGAUAUCAGACAAUAAAACCACCAGAGUUCGCUGGCAAAAGAAUGAAAUAAAAGAAAUAGAGGAUUAUUUUCCUGAUAACCUGAGGACUUUUAAGACAUGCCCUUAAAAAAAGAAGUCAUUAAAGCUAUUAACAAAAGUAAAAAGAAAAAAAGGAUCAUUAGGCCAGAGAUAUUGGCACACAAUCAUCAAAAA